AUGCAUGAUUUGAAUCUGUCCGCAGCCGAAAUCGAAUGUUUUAAUCAGGUACGAAAUGCGAUUAGCAACGAAAUUCAUCCGAAGUACAAUACCCACUUCAAUAUCCUUCGCUAUUGUCAGUCGUGUGAAUUCAAUGCAUCGAAAACUAUUUAUAUGCUGCGACGACAUCUGCGUUUCCGUUCUGAGUAUGAGCUGGACACGAACGUUGGCGAGAAUCAACUAAGCAGUCUGCCGUGGCUUGAGGAAUACGCACCGUGGACAAUCGUUGGACCGAAUCGUAAAAAUGUCCAAGAGACAGAUCAUUUGAUCGUUGUAGAGCAAAUUGGUCAAAUCGACUCGCAUGGUUUACUCAAAGCGGUUGAAUACACCAAAUUUAUGCAUCAGCAAUUCAGGCGAAUGGAAAAACUCUUCAACGUCAUUCAUAAGUUAGAAGCUCAAACUGGUAAGCAGUGCCACGUUUAUUUCAUAUUCGAUGUGGACAAGCUAGAUUUCGAUCCAACACUGAUACCAAUUGUGACCGGACCGUUCCGAAACCUAUGGGUUCAAGUAUUGAAUCACUACAGACGAUGGGUCGAUCGAAUGUUCCUUGUGAAUGUGCCGACGUUUAUAAGUGUUUUAUGGACAGCAGUCUCACCGCUUAUUAGCGACGACAUGAAGGAAUAUCAGAUUGGUGAUAUUCACGGUGUUGCUCAGCCACGAUAUUAA